AAAUUGUUCUUACACUUUUUUAUCAUCACUACUUUGUUCACCUAUCAACAUCCGUGACAAAACGGUGUCGUCUCGUCGUUCGAACUUAAAUCACAUCACAUUAAAAAACGAGCUAACUCACUAAUUUAACAACAAGUCAAGAACCAAAAAUCAAGAAAAUUCUCUUUUCUCUCUCUCUCUCACACAUGGCUCUUCUCUCAAACCGCGUUAGAUCAUCGUCUUCCUCGAUCUUCACCUUCACAGUAGUAACACUCCUCUUGACCUUCGCCGGAAACUCACUCGCCGGAGAGCUACGGCCUUCAGACCAUGGACUUCAGUAUCAAUUCAGCUCACCACCGACAGAAUCCAACUCGCCUCCGGGUAAAAUGAACUCCUUCUUCGGAGAUCCGCAUUCUUCUCCUCCUCCUUCUCGCUCUCAGCAGCUCCUCCCUAAAGCCACGGCGGCAGACGGAGGAGGAGGAGGAGACGACGAUUCUUGGUGGAGAGACGGAGCCGGGGACAGACGCGAUCACGUGAUGAGGCACGUGUUUCUUGCGGCGAGUAUAAUAUGUGGUGUCUCAGGCGUUGCGCUUCUUGUUGUUUUCACUUUGAUUUACUUCUUUAGGUAUCGUAAACAUAUUAAUCAUUCUGACGACUCACCUAGUUACGAUUCUAAGUAACACUUACAAAUUCAAUUUUUCUUUGAUUAAUUAGUAACUUUUAAUAUGUGAUCUUUACUUUUUGUGUAAAUUUAAUUUGGACGACUUUUUGAAGUUGCGUUAGCUAGAGGCUUUAUUAUAAAGAGCACUGUUACACCCACAUAUUAUUAUUAUUAUUAUUCUCUCCUUAUUAUUAUUGUUUGGCAAAAAAGGACAAAGUAUUAUAUAUUUUGUGGUUAUCAGGGACACUUGUGAGGCUUCGACUUGUGUCUGCUUAAAUGAUUAAGGAAGACGAAGCAGGUUUAUAACUUUAUAGUAUACUAUUGUUUUGUUCACUUUAAAUAACUUUGUAGAGAUGGAAGCUUCGUGUCGAAAAAAUUAAACAUUAUAAUUGAUGGAAAGUUCUUGUAUUACGUAA